AUGCAACACCUCAACUACAUAUCCAUCCAUGAACGUGAAACCCUCCCCACAAGCCGCAAAUCUCCUAGCCCUCCCCGAAAAUCACCAACAAGUUCUCGCGAGAAUGGGGUAAACAUAGCCGAACUCUUUUCUCUUCCUCCACAUCCUCAAUUUUCAGAGAAAGGCGCAGAGGAGCUCUUGCUUUCGCAAAAUAUGGUAGAGAUAGUGGAUAUGGGCUGGAAAGAAUGGGUUGCAUAUCCCUUUGCUAUUUCUACGAGACGGGAGGUACCUGGUGUUGAUGUUGAUGCUCAUAGGAGAACACGGUUACUGUAUGAGUUUAUGGCGACCAUGUGCGAGAUCUGGAUUGGUGCGGGAAUAUCGAUGAAGGGAUUUGCGUUGCGGGGUCUGAUGGGCUUUAGAGGGUGGAGAGGUGCUAUGGAGAGGUGGCUUAGAGUAAUGCGUCGAAGUAUGUGUAGAGUGCAGAAAAAGACGGAAUAA